AUAGUGUGUAUGCUGGGAAGGGGGUAGCCAAGGGCAAACAAGGAAUUACAUUGUUUACCUGCCUGUAAAGCAAUCAUUUUCCUCUCUGGAAUUUCUGCUUAACAGAUCUUACAACAAUAUCUUAAAAGGAACCAUAGCAAGUCUAAGUAAAGCCUGUUCUCAACAUUUCAUCAACACUUGAUCUGCAACACAAUUUUCAUUGCCAUCAACAUUGCCUGAACAACAACAUCAGAGACCAUGAGCAGCAACUACAGCGUCACUCUCCAAGGUCCAGCCCCCUGGGGUUUCAGGCUGCAAGGAGGAAAGGACUUCAACAUGCCCCUCACCAUCUCCAGGCUGACGGAUGGUGGGAAGGCAGCUAAAGGUGGUAUCGCUGUGGGAGACAUGGUUCUUUCCAUUGACGGCAUCGCUACAGAGGGCAUGAACCACCUGGAGGCUCAGAACAAAAUCAAGAACUGCGCUGGCAACCUCAGCCUCACUCUACAGAAGGCCUCCAGUGUUUCUAAGCCCCCUCCUGUAGCGCCAAAGGGCGACAGAUCAGGCAUCAUAAAACCAGUUGCCAUCACCCAUCCCUUUCCUCCACCCUAUCCCCACCUCCACUCCUCUGCCCCAUACAACAAGGCCCCCAGACCUUACGGGGACUGCAGGUCAGAGAGUGAAUACUCUCCUUCACAGUCACCUUUUGCCACUGUCAUCCCCUCCCCAUCUUCUGCAUUCACUCCUGCCUCCUGCCACAUCAGUCCUCCUCUUUCUCCUCCUCUGGUCUCUCACCCAUCCUCAGCCUCCUCCUCACCCCCUGUCCUCGUUCCACCUCAGUCAUCGGUGUACAACACACCAAUCAACCUCUAUUCCACUGAGAAUGCGUGUGAGGUGGCCAUGGGCCAGAGGCGGGGCCUCUUGGAGAAUCAGGGUGGAGCCUUACCACUUCAGUUUAAUGGAGCUUCCAGGAAACAUGUUGUGGAUACUGACAUCCAUUUUUACCAUGUACCCACUCACGCUGAUGCAAGCAGAAAGCGUAUAAUGGAGGACACCGAGGACUGGCGCCCACGUACGGGCACCACCCAGUCCAGAUCCUUCAGGAUUCUGGCUCAGAUCACCGGCACCGAGAAUGUUCAAAAUGAGGAAGCAGACGCAGCCAAGAAGACAAAUGAGGAGAGUGAUGAGCCUGAACUCAACUCCCAUGAGUCUGCAGUUGUUAAGACUAUGAUCAAAGGACCAGCUCCAAUCCAGGGCCUCAGUCCACAGAUCGGUUUGAUCACUCCAUCUUUCGGGAUGAAGGGUAAUGGCAACACCAGCGUCCCAAGGGGUCCUAUCCCAGCUCGACCUGUGCCUCAGCCGCACCCUAAAGAUGAGGACACUUUGGUUCAGAUGGCAGAGCAUAUCCCUGCUGGGACUCGAACACCCAUGUGUGCACAUUGCAACAUGGUCAUCAGAGGACCAUUUUUGGUUGCAAUGGGGAAAUCGUGGCAUAAGGAGGAAUUUAACUGUGCACACUGCCGCUCGUCCCUGGCAGAUGUCGGUUUUGUGGAAGAAAAGGGUUCUGUGCACUGUGAACACUGCUAUGAAGAGUUUUUUGCUCCUGCAUGCAGCCGCUGCCAGGCCAAGAUACUUGGGGAGGUAAUAAAUGCACUCAAACAGACGUGGCAUGUUUAUUGCUUUCUGUGUGCUGCCUGUCAGCAGCCAAUCAGAAACAACACCUUCCACCUGGAGGAUGGAGAACCAUACUGUGAGCAAGACUUUUACAGUUUGUUUGGGACUGGCUGCCAUGGCUGUGAGUUCCCCAUCGAGGCUGGAGACAAAUUCCUGGAGGCACUGGGUUACACCUGGCAUGAUACCUGCUUUGUUUGUGCUGUGUGCUGUACCACUCUGGAGGGUCAAACAUUUUUCUCUAAGAAGGACAAACCCCUUUGCAAGAAGCAUGCACAUACACUGAAGAUAUGAAGGCUGAACCCUUCUCACACUUCUCUGGCACCAUGGUCUCUCCUGGUGUGAAGAACAUCUUAGAGCAGAAUUAGAACUUAGCUUGUGUAAACAUACAAUUUAGUCAAUACUCCUGCAUGAUAGCAGGUUAUCCUGUCAGAUUAAAUAACAAAGUUAAUAGUAAUUAUUCUUAGUUUGAUCAAGUUUGUUCAGAAAAUAAGUGAUUAGUUUAAAUUGAUUUUCCUGUACUAAAUGGAUUUCAUGCACUCAUUCACACAAGACUAUUUUAUUACCACAUGGUGCAAUUCAUGAGCUACACCUUUGAGUAAUAGCAAAGUGACAUUUUCCACUACACAGGACUUUCAUCUUUAUUGUUAAAUCCUGAAUUUAAUCUUUAGUUUCUGAAAAGUUAAAGGUGUAAGAUCUGUUUUGCCUUGUCAAACUACAUAUCACUGAUUAUCCUUAUAAACAUGAGAAGUGUGUGGAAAACAUAUAUUCUUAUUCAUGCUAUAUUAUGGAUGAAUGUCCAUGCAGAAAAUAAAAUGUUAAUUCUUAUAAAGCUGUGAUCAGUAUUAUUGAUCAGAACAGCUGCUAUCACAAGUUCAGUGGAAUAUCAUAGAAUCACCUAUAAUUUACCUUUGUUUUAUGUUAGUGUCAUAUUCACAUACAGUUUAAAAUAUUAGAAUAUGUAUUGAUAGUUGAAGAAUAGUUUAGCUUUUAAAAAGCUUUUGUUGGACGUAGAUUUAGCUAAAUAUCUAGAGUGAUGAUUUAAGCUGCUGUCUGAGUAAAAACAGUGAACUGAAACUUGUGAUCUACUGACAUUUGGAUAGGAGCACACUCCUUCUGUUUUUAUACCUAAAGGGUACCGUUGCUGGUUACAUAAUGACUAUGGGAUGCAUCACCCUGGCAACGUGGCGAAGGAUUUUGUGAUAAAAUGUAUUUUAUUGUGUAUUUGAACAUUUAAAAAUAAUGUUUUAUUAAACUUUAAACAAGUAUUUGUAAUAGCUAACAAAUUGUUAUUGAAAACUUAAAUUAAAACAAUGGCAAGAAGUCAAACAAAAGACAAGAGAAGGGGACGUAAUAACAAGAAUUUAAGAAUUUCAACAUUAGUCACACUCUUGGGAGUUUGGUGUCUAGUCCUCUUCGUCCGUUGUGCAGCUGAUAAUGAGCAAGCACUAAAGAAUUACAUUUUUUUGUUGUUACUGUUUAACUAGCAAACAAAUAAUUUGCUGCCACAGAAGGAUAAGUGGCAUUACGCAGUUUCCUGUGCACCAAAGAUGGAUUAAAAUGUAAACCCUUUGAGUUGAAACCUGAAAAGAGGAGCUCCAGACCAAGCACCAAUAUGUUACAAGUCAAGAAUGUUAAUGUAAUGAUUUUCAAGACUCUGUGCCAAAUUGUUUUGUGAGUCACGUUUCUGUUUCUAUUUAUUUAACCUAAAAUAUGAAUUAAAAUAAAAAUCUUCAUAUAUUUCUGACUGACUCAGUCCUCUAUAUAUAUUAUUGCAGUGUGUACUUAUUUCUGGCCCACAGGAAAUAUGGUGUUGUAGUAAUUGUAAUAUUAGAUUUUGUUUUGAGAAGGGAGGAAUGUCUAAUUUCACUAUAAAUAUUAAACUUUUUGGAUAACUAUUUGUAAUUUUCAGGACUGCUGGAGGUAUUGGGAAGAGAGUAGCUUCCUUUGUGUGUUUUUUGUGUCUGCUUGACUGUCCACGAACCACCCAUGCUGAUAUUUACUUUGUAUUUUCCCUGCUGGGUACAUAUGGUCUAGUGUGUUUCCAAACAGCAGAACAAACAGCAAUGAUGCUCCCUCUUACAACAAAACUAUUUGUUUGUUUUGUUUGUUUUUUUUGUUGUUGUUGUUUGUUUUGUUUUUUUUUACUGUGUGGGACCAUAGGGGUUAAAUAUAAAUGUAUGGUGGUAUGCCACCCUAUUGAAAAAUGCUUAAAUACUUACUCACACAUGGUAAAUUAUAUUUGGAAUUAAUAACAGUGAUCAGAGUUGUUUAAUAAAUAAUGUUCUUUG